AAAGGAAGUAGGAAGCAGCGGGACCGGAAAUAGAUUGGGGGAAGAGGAGAGAACUGCGGUGUGAGGGCGGUAGGUGCGUCUGAACAUCUGUCGUGAGAUUUUCUGAGACCGGGAAGGGCCUGGGUGAGCUCUGGGUCAGAGCUCUCCGAAACCCCCUCCCUCCUACAACUGGCGCCACCGUAGGCAGGGCCCCAAGCCGCCACGCUAUGUCAGAGUCAACGGCCAGCGUGGGAGCCUCUUCGACGGUCACUGAGACUGAAGUGACUGAGCCGGAGAAUCGUAGUCUCACCAUCAAGCUGAGAAAACGGAAACCGGCCAAGAAAGUAGAAUGGUCAAGUGACACAGUGGACAACGAGCACUUGGGACGCAGAUCUUCCAAAUGCUGCUGCAUCUAUGAGAAGCCGCGGGCUUUUGGUGAGAGCUCGACAGAGAGCGAAGAUGAGGAUGACGAAGGCUGCGGCAAUGCCCACUGCAUCCGGGGCCACAAGAGAGGCCAGCACGGGAAGGCGCGGGGUAAAGCAGGAGACCCUGGCCCAUCAGAGAGCAGCCCCCAGAAAUCGGAGCCACCUGACCAAAACCACACCGGGGCCAUGCAGCACUGAACCUCUCCCUGCCACGGGGCAAGGGAGAAGAGCCCCAGCUCCCAUCCCAAACAGGGACUGACACCGCCCCAACUCCGGGGCAAGGGGGAGGGAAGGGAGGCCCCACGCAUCCAGCUGCCCCAUCUGUCUUGUGCCAGGGCAGAUGCUGCCUCGACUCCAGGGCAGGUGGGGUGGAGGAGAGGGGAGGGCACACGCAUCCAGCUCUCCAUCUGUUUUGUGCCAGUGCUGCUACUGUCGUCUGUCUGUCCAUCCGUGGCUGGUGAGUCCGUCUGGUGCUGCCCAUCCCCACUCCACCCAACACAGAAUGCAUUCAGAGAGCCUUCUGGGUUUCUUGGCUGAAUUUCUCCACCACCACCCCGCUUCCUAAUUAAAUAUUUGUAUCAGUGACAAACAAGGUGGGAGACGGUUGCUGCUUUGGAAAGGGCAGUGAUGGAGCUGUCUCCAGGCUCCUGUCAGAGACUUGCCUGCCCUCUGUCCCCCUCCCUCUCCCUGUCUUUAAAUCCCCCUCCUCCACACCACCAGUUCCUGCCUGUGUCCCUCUCCUUCAGUUCGCUUCUCCCAUGUUCUUCUCCAGCUCUUUCCUUGAUUGUAUGCAUUCAUUCUCACCCUACUGUCACUGGUCCCAUCUCUGCUGCUGCCUCCUGUAUCCCGCUCUCACCUCCUUGCUACUGCAAGGUCACUGCUUCUGACACACAGCUGCCUUGAAGGUACAGCUUUUAGGUCUCCCCGCUGUCGUAAACUUUUCCAGGAGCCAGAAAUACAAGACUUGAUUCUAUCACCUCGUUGCUAUAACAACCUUCAUUUCUUGUCUUCAAAAGCAUCUUUCUACGAGGACAUCCCCUCGCUCCUUUCGUUAUGCUAUGGAAGGCUGUGAGAUGUUUUCUAAUAAGCGGGGAUGGGGAGAAAAGCAAGAAAAAUGGGGUGGAGGGCACCCAACUCAUGAGAUGCUGGCUGGGGAGGCUAGCAGCUGGUAUUGGAGUUGAGGAAGGGAAGUGGUAGAUAAGGAAGGGGCUGGAGGUGGAAUAUGGCACUUGGGAAAAGGCUGAGCCUAGUUUGGAGAAGGUCCAUGAUGAUGAAAAGAAUCCUGAUCAUUUUUCACAGUGAAAUGGAAUGUCAGCAGAAGAUGACUUUAUGACCUUGCAUGAAGAAAGUUAAUCUUCAGUUGACUUUUCAUUCUUUGGCUGAAGGUUCAUACUAAACAAGACCUCCCCCCUCCUGAAACUGUACAUGGAUAAAAAGGAUUCUGGUAUUGUGAUGUGGGAUGUGGACACCUGCUUCCUUUGCAUGACUCACCAAUCACUCAAUUGCUCUGGCUACUUGUGGUUUGAUGGGUGGGGGGAAAUCUUGGCUGAAUUGUUCAGCCCUCAGUUUUGUACAUCCCAACCCCUCUCUGGCCUCCGUGUGCCAAUCUUGGCAUGCUUCUAAUUAAAAAUCACUUUCAGCAAGAGAAGUACAGUUGUGAAAAGUGUUCCAUAACAUUUUGGGAAAGUAGGUGGGCCUCAGGCCAAUUUGGAAAGCUCCUUAAUGUUUCCCAAGCUUCUAAUGACUGAGGCACCCUUGUUUGAAUUAAAAUUGGAGGCACACGUAUCUAAAAAAAGUAUUUCUUACGGAGUGAAAGUAAUAGAUGUGCUGUUGCUCUUGGAGCUUGCCCCAUGCAUUUUUGCAUCAGUCACAAGAAUCCUCACUGCAUAACAGGGAAGCAGAGAUGCAGUUGGCAGCCUUGUCUCUUAAUUAAUUGGUUUUGUGCAUCACGCUUGAGUUCCUAUACACAGUGUUCAAAUUGCCGGGUGGCCAAAGUGGGCCUGGCCACCCACUUUUGUGAUAGCCUUCCUUAGCUACUCUACUUGGCAUACAGGUGAAGGGGCACAAUUUGGCUCAAAUCAGAGGGAAGUCAGGAUGUGGGGCUUGUGGAUUUCAUUAGGCAGAGCUCCUAUCUUUUCCCCUAUAAUUUCAGCACAGUUUUGGAGCUACUAUCCUAGAGUAAGCCACAGAUUCCCAUAUAUGGACAGAGUAAGGGACCUUGUAGAUCAGGCACUGUUGUGGUGCUAUUAUCAGCCUUUCCUGUUUGAACAAAGGAAGCGCAAUGUCAUGUUCAACUCACCCAUAUUGGGCAUUUGGUGGAUAAGAGCAGGGGUGGACUUCCUCUGUUUUGGCAUUGGUAGCAGUGUCCAUUGCCACACGGCACAAUACUGAGCAAGUAGAACCACUGGGCUAUUCCAGCACGAGUUGCUGCACAAAUAAUAACAAUGAUAAUCUCUGUUUACUGGCAAGAACGUAGCAAAAUUUCUCCUCUGCAGCAUAGCUGCUUGCUCUCCCACCUUGUCUUAAAAGGAAACUUAUUCAAAACCUUUUUAAAAAGUGCCUCCAGAAUUAAAAUACAAAUGCCUGUGGGUUUGUAAAGAAAUCUUUACUUCCUGAAUCACUCCAGUAGCCUAAGCCCUGUGCUGCUUAACUAACAUGAGAGAUGUAUCCCCAUCUCAAAUGUAUUGCAACCCAAACUGCCAAAUUUUGUCAAGAUCAUUGCCAAUGGCAUACACUAUGCAAGUGUUGUGAUUAUUUGAUACAUCAAUUAAAUUCUGGUUCAUUUAAACACCAAGUGCUGUUUGGCACAUGGACUGAUAAAUGAGUCUAGACGUUGCUGCCCCAGCAGGUUGGGGAUUGUGUCCUCCUACUGUAACAGAAGAAAUGGGCCAUAUCGAAAAUUGAUAGGCAUAGAAGGUGAGAAACAGGAAACUGAAUUCUGUCCUUCAACCUAGCCACUUGCCAUCCCUCUUACCCCCUCCAGCCUCAUCAGCCAAGGUGUGGACGUCUACAGUUUAUCUCUGCAACACUGAGGCCCAGAAACAUACUUUUAAAAUGAAUUUUAAAAACUAUCUCAUGAAUCUGACAGAUGCCCUUCAUUUGCAUUGCAAGGCGCAUUGUAUAGUUCAUAGUACAAGAGAGGGCAUCAGCUGCUCCAAGAUUCUUGGUUACUUAUAUGUGUGGGCAAUCGUUAAGAGGAGGGGCUUGAUGGACCUUCAGGUUCUUAUGUAUUCUAUGGCUUUAACUGCUGAGCCUGCAGCCCAGGUUAGGCUUUGAAGGCAUACUCUGUAAUGAUUUUGCCGAAGGCCUAGGUGUGAUCUGUGCUGCCAUGGGAGUCUGGCAACCUCCAUGGAGGAAAUGCCCUAAAUAAAUAAAAUGUCAGUUUAACAAAUAGUGCAUAAAGUUGUUAAAUGGACUUGCCGCUAGAAGACAGGAAAUAAGUGUUUAUUGGACCGGCUUCUUCAUCCUGAUAUGGUGAUGGCCCUUGAGCCUGCUUCAACAGUGGCUUGUUAAAACCUCUCUCAUGGACAUGAAACAAACUUUCCUAAGUAGGUGCAGGAGUAUCCUAAGGGAUAUAGAAGGCCUUCUUUUUCUGUUUGUGCAUUUGAUUCACUGGGAAGAAUGACACCUUGUUCUUCUCCUGCUGCCUCAGAAAUUGUCAGAUUAUAGCUGCAGCCCAGCAGAAGAGUUCAGACCUUGCAUGGGGAAAGACCCACAUCCCUGGUGUCUCUUAAAAGAUCUCAAGUAGCAGGGCGUGUAAAGAUACUGAAGGCUACAACAUGUUCAUAGACAAAUAGAUCUGCUGUUUGCUUGGCAUAAAAAAAGCUGUUUGAGAUCCUUAUAUUGAAACUAUUGCUGAAGAGUGAAGGACUGGGAGUAGAUGGUUUAUAAACUUGUCUGUAUAUAUCUUGCACUUAAACAAACAAACUUGUUACACCAAGGGGCAAUAUGCAUGACCCCAUAUUUUACAUAAUUUAUUCUGCUUUUACCAUGUUGCAUAAAUGUUUAGCUGGUCAUAAGUCUAGCUCCUCACCCCUCUAGCUUCUGAUAUGCCUACACUGUAUACGCAUUUUCAAGUAUAUCAUGAGGGCUAGACACUGGGUUUGUUGGGGUUUUGUUCUUUUGAAAAAAAAAAGUAAAAGGAAAGUAAUUUCAGCACCAAAUUUCACAUUCUUUGCUUUCACAGCAAGAGCCAUGUUUUCCCCCAAAAGCUAUGCAAGCCACGAAAAGAGAGUUCAUUCAGAAGAAGGCAUGAUUAUAUGCAUUUGAAAAACAGCAUGGUAAAACAUGUGCUCACCACCACUUCUAUAUCUGCAGUCUCCUUUUAGGAUAUUCUUAAGGAGAGUGUACGCAGGGCAUGGACCAGAGUAAUAAGGUUAGCACACGAGUGGUACAAGUUAUGAAACUGGAAAAUUCAAGCAGUCCAUCAACAUUCAGCAGGCACCGACAGAGUCAGCACGGUUGUGCAUCUGCUGAGGACCAACUGACAAGAGCUCUGGGAAGCUGUUCCUCCUUGCCACUGCCAUCUGCUUGUUGCUCUGGCCCAGAUACUAGUGGAGCAAAUGGGCAAAGGAGGAUCCGUAGAUGCCACUGCCUGCUUGCUCAUUGGCUCUCUGUCUGGCAAGCAAGCAAGUGGUACCAAUGAGGAGGAGGAGCUGCUAGAGAGAAGAGUGGUGAGGAGGAAGGCAUGCUGAUGGAGGGUGCCCUGCCCAGGGGCUCUUUGAAACCUGGAGUGAGCUCUGGGCAGCAUACAUGAAAUAUUCCUGAAUUGGAGGAAUGUUCACAGAAAUACUCUGUUGAAAAAAGUGCAGGGAGACUACACAUUUCUUGCCAAGCAUGCUUGCCUUGGUCAAACACUGCUGUGCGGAUGCAAUGUAAAAAGGAUCAACUUGUGUUUUACUGUACAGUGAGACUUUGUAUUGACAGGUAAGAAUUAGUGUAUAGCACUAAAUGUCAAGCAUCUCCCCCACCCUAUACCUCCAAAUAAUGUAGACCAUUUUCAGAACAUUU